AUGGAUGAGCACCCCGGCGGAGGAGGAGGGGUCGGAUCCCAGAGACAACCUCCACAGUCAGGGAGCAAUAAUGGAGGUGGUGGAGGAGUCAUGGUGCCGCACCAGCCGGACGAGAUGCCCCGACAGCAGUACACCAUCCCCGGCAUCCUGCACUACAUCCAGCACGAGUGGGCCCGCUUCGAGAUGGAGAGAGCGCACUGGGAAGUGGAGAGGGCCGAGCUCCAGGUUAGCAUUUGGGAUGUCCUGAGUCAGUCCUCGGGGCCCAGAGAGCGCUGUGCUGAUGGGACCUGCUACGCCGCCAUGAGCUUACAAGAUGGCGGCUGCAGCUAUGCUAGCAGCGCCAACAUGGCCAGCGUCACCGGCAGCAUGCGGCGGCGCCUGGAGGACCAGGAGUUCAGCCUGCGCGUGUACCCGGGCGCCCUGGCCGAGGGAACCAUCUACUGCCCCGUCUGCGCCCGCAAGAACACCACGGCUGCCGAGGCCAUCGACUGCCUCAUCGAGCGGCUGCGCCUGGAUCGCACCAAAUGCUACGUGUUGGCUGAGGUGAAGGAGUUUGGCGGGGAGGAGUGGAUCCUGAACCCCUCCGACUGCCCCGUGCAGAGGAUGAUGCUCUGGCCUCGCAGCGCCCUGGAGAACCGCAGCGGCCUCUGCAGCGGAGACGACUACCGCUUCCUCCUGAGGGAGAAGAACUUGGACGGGUCUAUCCAUUAUGGCGGAAGCCUGCAGUUGUGGCUGCGGUUGACUGAGGAGCGGCGCCGCAUGGUGGAGCGGGGUUUCCUCCCCCAGCCUGCAGGGACUGACCCUCCGACCGACCUCUGCGCUCUCCCGGAGCUAACAGAACGCACUAUUUUGGAGAGUCUCCGUGCACAUUUCCGCCAGGAGAAGAUCUACACUUACAUUGGGAGUAUUCUUAUUGUGAUUAACCCUUUUCAGUUCCUGCCAAUCUAUAAUCCUAAGUAUGUCAAAUUGUACGAUAACCACACACUGGGGAAGCUGGAGCCUCACAUUUAUGCUGUGGCGGACGUGGCGUAUCACGCUAUGCUGCAGCGACGGAAGAACCAGUGCAUAGUCAUUUCUGGGGAGAGUGGGUCAGGGAAGACCCAGAGCACCAACUUCCUCAUCCAUCACCUGACUGCCCUCAGCCAGAAGGGGUUCGCCAGCGGGGUGGAGCAGAUCAUCCUGGGGGCCGGGCCUGUGUUGGAGAUGUCCGGAGGCGGCUUACGGAUUCGGCCAGAUGCAUCCCAGGAGGGUGCGGGCCGCAACAUCCUGAACGGCCCUGUCCAACAGGUUCGAGAGAAGAGUGGGGGAUGGAGCAAGGCCGUGUCUGAGGACGAGACUCCGAGGAAGGGUUGUGGUAGGGCAGCCAUGUUUGCCAUGGUUGCGUGGCGGGUGAGAGACCUGGCGCAAGAGUUCUGGACGUAUUUUGAUGCCUGUUUCAAGGGUUUUGCUGGGAACCCCGGAAGGACUUUCCAUUUGCAGCAUAUCCAGGACGGGAUGUGA